GCGUCCUACGUUGAAUGCGUAUGUUUUGCUGCGGUAAACCUGUCUGGGGCAUUACUGAUGGUAACUGCCGUUGAACGCCAGGGUUUAGAGCGCACCAGACAAGCGUAGUGGGCCAAUACCGCAUAGCCACUGGAAUAAAGCCGGUGGAGAGCAACGGGCAUGCUGAACCAUGGGCCACGGCGUGGGCUGAGGAUCCCGAAGGCUUUGUGAACCCGCCACCGCGGUCAGUGGGGUCUCUGACAUGGCAUCAGGCACAUCACGAGCCGACGGCGGAAACAACCACGGAGGGAGGUCCCAGCUGCAGGCCGUCGUGUCCUGUGCCAAACUGAAGAGGAAGAAGAACUGGUUUGGGACGGCGGUGUACGUGGAGCUGGGGGCCGACGGGGAGGCCUGCAGGACCGCCAAAUCUCACAGCUCCUCCAACCCCAAAUGGGACGAGCGCCUCACGCUGAAUGUAACGCCGCACACCAAACUGGACUUCAAGGUGUGGAGCCACCACACGCUCAAGGCCGACGCCCUGCUGGGGAGGGCGUCUCUGGACCUGCGCCAGGUCCUGGAACUGCACGACCGCAAGCUGGAGAAUGUGAAGGAGGUGCUCAAGCUGACGCUGGACAGUAAGAACGGGGCGCCCGUCAACACCGGGGAGCUGACCGUCUUCCUGGACGGGCUGACUGUGGAGCCGGCGUCGCUUAGCAACGGGACAGGCACCGGUGGCUCUGCCCCCGCCUCGACCAAAGUACAGCAGAACGGAGAAGACAGCCAUCAGAACGGGGAGGAGACCUCUUCCAGACCUCGGACUCGCUCUCUGAACGGAAUCGACAGCGAGGGACCCUCCACCUCCUCUGUCCAGAGCGACUGCAGCUCCGUCCCCGUCGCCAACGGAAACGGCUCCUCCCCCGUCGCGUGCCGGCCGGCCAGCCCCCAGGGCACGCCCGCGAAGAGGCCGACUCAAGAGCCGGCCCCGAACGGAACCGUGAACGGGGAGACGCCCGGCCCUGCUGCGGAAGAGGUGCUGCCCUCUGCUGGCGACUCGCAGGAGAGCGACGAAACUCCCGGCAGCGCCCCGGGCCCCGCCCCUAACCCCGCCCCCAACCCCGCCUCGGACCGGCUGGCUCCUGACCUGCCCCGUGAGCCGUCCUCCUCCUCCACCCCCGCCCCCGCUGGCGCUGUGGACGCACCCCCAAACUCUUCUUCCUCCAGCCCCACCCCCGUCACCACGGUGACCUCCAGCUCGGAGGCCUAUGGGGCCAGUGGCAGCAGCGGCGGUGCUCCGGAGGGGGGGAAGCCCAGGCAACAGACCCGGAGCAGCAACAGCACUGACGCCCUGCCCCCCGGGUGGGAGCAGAGGAAAGACCUUCAUGGCAGAACUUACUAUGUUGAUCACAACACCAGAACCACCACCUGGGAGAGGCCGCAACCCCUACCAACAGGAUGGGAGAGGCGUGUGGAUGACAGAGGCAGGAUCUACUACGUGGAUCACAACACCAGGACCACCACCUGGCAGCGGCCCACCAUGGAGUCGGUCCGAAACUUCGAGCAGUGGCAGUCCCAGCGGAGCCAGCUGCAGGGAGCUAUGCACCAGUUCAACCAGAGAUACCUCUACUCGGCUUCCAUGAUGUCUGCUGAAAAUGACCCCCUGGGCCCCCUGCCCCCUGGCUGGGAACGACGUGUGGACUCCAACGACCGAGUGUAUUUCGUCAACCACAACACCAAGACCACUCAGUGGGAAGACCCUCGCACACAAGGGCUGCAGAACGAGGACCCGCUGCCCGAGGGCUGGGAGAUUCGGUACACGCGCGAGGGGGUGCGAUACUUCGUGGAUCACAACACCCGGACGACCACCUUCAGCGACCCGCGCACCGGGAAGUCCUCCGUCACCAAAGGUCCUCAGAUAGCCUAUGAACGUAGCUUCAGGUGGAAGCUAGCGCAUUUCCGCUACUUAUGCCAGUCGAAUGCGUUGCCCAGCCACGUGAAGAUCACUGUGUCUCGACAAACACUGUUUGAAGACUCCUUCCAGCAAAUCAUGGCCCUGAAACCCUACGACCUGAGGAGGCGGCUGUAUGUCAUCUUCAGAGGGGAGGAGGGGCUGGACUACGGUGGCCUGGCGAGGGAGUGGUUCUUCCUGCUGUCCCACGAGGUGCUGAACCCGAUGUACUGUCUGUUUGAGUACGCCGGCAAGAGCAACUACUGCCUGCAGAUAAACCCCGCCUCCACCAUCAACCCCGACCACCUCUCCUACUUCUGCUUCAUUGGCCGCUUCAUCGCCAUGGCGCUCUUUCAUGGCAAGUUCAUCGACACAGGCUUCUCCCUGCCCUUCUACAAGCGCAUGCUCAACAAGAAGCUCACCAUCAAAGACCUGGAGUCCAUCGACCCCGAGUUCUACAACUCCCUCAUCUGGAUCAGGGACAACAACAUCGAAGAGUGCGGCCUGGAGAUGUACUUCUCCGUAGACAUGGAGAUCCUGGGGAAGAUCACGUCACAUGACCUGAAGCCCGACGGAGCCAAUGUGCUGGUGACGGAGGAGAACAAAGAGGAGUACAUUGGGCUGAUGGCGGAGUGGCGGUUUUCGCGGGGGGUGGAGGAGCAGACCAAAGCUUUCCUGGACGGCUUUAAUGAGGUGGUCCCUCUGCAGUGGCUGCAGUACUUCGAUGAGAAGGAGCUGGAGGUGAUGCUCUGCGGGAUGCUGGAGGUGGACCUGCAGGACUGGCAGAGGAACACGGUCUACCGGCACUACACGCGCAACAGCAAGCAGAUCAUCUGGUUCUGGCAGUUCGUGAAAGAGGUGGACAACGAGGUGCGUCUGCGGCUGAUGCAGUUCGUCACAGGGACCUGCAGGCUGCCGCUAGGGGGCUUCGCUGAGCUCAUGGGCAGUAACGGGCCUCAGAAGUUCUGCAUUGAGAAGGUGGGGAAGGACACCUGGCUUCCCCGCAGCCACACCUGCUUCAACAGGCUGGACCUCCCGCCCUAUAAGAGCUACGAGCAGCUGAAGGAGAAGCUGCUCUUCGCCAUCGAGGAAACGGAAGGGUUCGGCCAGGAGUAGACCCCCCCACCCGCCAUUCUGCCACUGUCUGAGAAUAAGCUUCCCUCUGUCGCCCAGCCAACAUAAAAAAACAUAAAAAUACGAGAAAAAUUGCACAGAUAAUUAGAUACUAAUGUACAUAAGCUAUUUUGUCAUUUAAAAAAAAAAAAAAAUCUUAUUUCUGAAUAUCAUCUAGAAAUUUACCUUGCGUCUCUUCCUCAUAAAUAUGCAAUGGAACAUUUCAGCAUUUUCUCCUCUUUUAAAAGAGGAAGCCUAUUAAUAGUAUUAUUAUAAUUAUUAUUAUUUUGUUCUUUUGGCUGGUUUUUAAAAGAUGUAUAAGAAGAAAUGAUUUUAUAGUUUAACUAUAUCUAUGGCUCUAGUUUUAUAGAGCUUUUAAGGUGACUUAGCUGUUUUUUUUGGGAGGGGGGCUUGAUUUGGACUGGGCCUGCCAUCCAUACUGCUACAAGCCCAGCUUGCCUGCAAAACUGUCCCGACAUGGAGUCUGGACGUGGGUGUGGAUCCCGGUGCGCCCAUCCCCCCCCCCACCCCAUGGCGUUUUGGGUGGCCGUCAUCGGGAGCAGCCAUCUUGAGGGGGCGGGGAGCGCCUCUACCUGUGACUGGCUUCGAAUGAACCCUACACUGCUUACGCGGGAAACAUACUUUUUUUUUUUUUUGUUCUUCUUUUUUUUUUUUCUUUAUCCGUUCGCCUUUUGGCCCCGCCCCCGCAGCGCACGAGCGAGCGAGCGGCGCUCUGAGGGGGCGGAGGGGCGGGAUCGGAAGCGUGGCGCUGAAGCGGCGUUCGGAGUCGGCACGGCAACGCGAGCACGACAAAGCGAGAUGACUCUUUGUGUCGCCCCCUGGAUGCGCGUUGGCGGUGUUUAUGGGUUGGGAGGGACAGGCGGGGGUGUGAGGCAUCAAAACUCAACGACCCAAAUUUGUCAAACAGAAGCAGCUGAUGUCAUAUGCUGUGUCAUAACAUGCUGUUUGCUCCCUUGCAUCCUAUUCUUAAAACAGGUAAUGCCCUGCUGUAUGAAAACAGUUAAAAUAAAUUAAGGAAGAAAAGAAAAAAAAUUCAAAAAAAUCAAUAGCACAUUUUUGAACUCUAUUAUAUGAAGUGUACCUUAAUAGGCCAGGGUGAAUGGAUAUUGGUUCUUGUGGGUGAGAUUGAUCAAGAAAAGAGUGCAAUUAAAGUGACUGAAAGGAAAA